CUUUGAUUGUAGUUUAGACCUCUAAUAUUUAUAAGAAUUGGCUUUCAAUAGUAUGCCGGCAAAAGAGUUAUACUAAGGAUCCAAAGUAAAACUGAAGUUAUAGCUACGAAAACGAGAAUGGCCGUUGAUUUCCUAAUGAAUUGCCAAUUCUUUAUACCUGACGAAAAAGAAUGAGUAGAAAGUUAUCUAUUUCUUGUGUAGCAAUUGAUCGGAUUAAGCUUGGCUUCACCUUCUGUCCUGUCCCCGUCCAUUUAAUCCUCUAACAGCUAGUCACAUACGUUGUCUUUUCUGAUAAUUUACUUGCUUUCUAUUUCUAUUUACUUUUAAGGACCUAUUCAUUAGAACCAGUGAGAACGAGUCAACUGACUUCGCAAGAAGCUUCAAUAGAAAGAUUGUCUCGAGAUAUUUUAAAGGAAGACAAGUAAAUGUUUUGAGUUAAAAGGAAAAGAAUGUAAUUAAUCAAUUCAUAUAUCUGUUCAGGUAUCGAAUGGAUUGGUAUUCAGGUACAAUUCCAUAACCAUCAAGAGAAAGCUAAAUUACUUAAUUAGCAACAUCUGUGGUUCAGUGAAAAAUUAUACAGAGAAUAAGGAUUUGUAGUAUUAUCAGGUUUCUUCAAAGAACAUUUGAUUCACUCAAAGCUAGUACUUACUGCUAGAACAUUGGUUUUUUUCAAUGGACUCUUUCAAGAACGAAUUAUCAAAAUCUAUAGGAACUCAACGCUUAAAGGAAAUACUUUCUUCCAUACAGGUUCAUAUAGGUUUACCUGAAGCAGAAAAUACUGCUUUAUUACACACAAUUGCCGUCAACAUCUUGCCUAGCUUUUGGGAGAUUGGGAAUGAAACCUCGUCAAUUCAAGAUCAACUUGUCAAUUGUUUUGCAACCUUCCCUGGUUUAAAGUUACUUUGUGCUCGAUUAGAUGAGCUUGUUUAUGGCGAUCAUAAAAAUGCAGCUUCCAUCGGAAUGCUAUACCUGGAUGUUUUAGAAGCUUCAUUUAACAAAUUGAACUUAAAGAAAUCUCGAAACACUAUCAUGUGCUCCAGCAUAACUGAAUCGAAAAAGCGCUCAACAUGGUCAGGCUUUACAUUUUUUCUUGGCAAUUUCGGAAUCAUCAAUUCUUCUGCAGCAUUUCUUUCUGCGUACAAUAUUUCGAUUACAAACAGAACUUACAACGUCUCUAACAUGGCUAAAUAUGUUGAAAUCUUAAGUAAAAAGAUAGCAAGCUUAUUGGAACCUCAAAAUGAUUCAAUCAUCACGGACUUUUCCCAUCUAUAUCACUAUUUAUUACGUCCAGGACAGCAAAAAGCCGCAGUUUCUGCCUUAUUUCCUCAUUUACAGACGUAUUCACCUUCGUUUCAAAACUUAUUCCGUUCGCUAAACCCUUUGGAUCAAAAUACUUUUUUAACAUACUUAUUUUUGGACCUUGACCAGAAAUACUCUCAUUUUACUUUUCAAAAUAUCGAAGAUUCGGAGUCUAUUCCAGGAGCAUUGGCCACGUUGCUUCGACUUAAUUUUCUGCCAUGUGAUUUUUUACAGUGGCUCGAGUUUAACUGGGAGAUACCUCUGAAUCUCUUUUUGAUGCGUUCUAUAGUUUUAAGCUGCUCUGUUUCUUAUAAAAAUGUAGAUAAAAUAAAGCUUAAGCAGACUGUUAACGCAUUGUUCUCAACUUGGUCGGCUUCUCAUUUUCUGAAAAAUUAUUCGGUAGUGUCCCAGGAAAGAUUGACUGUCUAUUUAAUUUUAUUACUCUCAAAACUAGAUCGAGAAUUCCUGCAUGAGUGCUCUAAGUCAUUUUUGUUUACGAACGGGAUAUCCAACAGGCUUGAAAGUUUAGAUGAAGGCAUACGUCUACAGGGCAUGGUCUUAGCUGAGAUUAUCGCUCAAUAUUUUCUUGUAUCAGAAACAAAAUCACUAAAAUUUGAUGUCCCUCUAAUGGCUAGUUCCAAGGCUACCUAUUUGAAAAGCCUGACUGAGUUGAACGAUCAGUUCCAGCCUUUGGAUUCGUUAUGUCCGCAGGUUCUGUCAGCCAAAAAUGAAAAGAAGCAUAUUCAAGAUGGCAAUGCUCCAAAUACUCAAGAAUCAGUAAACCUUGAUAAAACUUUUGAGGACAGUAGCGAUCAUAAUGAGCGAAAAGUAAUUAUCGAUGAUCUUCAGCCGUAUGAAAUUUCUGACUCGGAGAGUGAAGAUUCGGUAGAUGAUCCUACUAUUUCCAAAACAAAGGUGGAUACACCCAAGUAUAUCCAGAGUUUAUGUCGGCUGCUAUUAGACGUUGAAAAUUAUGACGCACAAAAGGUCGCGAUUGAGACCGCACCAGAAUUGAUUCAAAGAAAGUCUCUGUUUGGAUCGGAAGUAAAAGAUCAUGCCAAAUGGCUAUUGGAAAUCUUAGUAGGACUUCAAAAUCGUUUUGAUUUACCCAACUUCGAUAGACUACAACUUUCGUCCCUAUGCAAUCUUCUUUCUGCGUGUCCAGAAAUCUGCGGCCCUGAAAUAUGCUCCAUUUUGUUUAUUGGAGACUUUUCUCUACGACAGAAGACUAUGAUAUUAUCAAGUAUAGCCAUGGCUGCAGUUUCCUUGGCUAAUGAUGAAGAAAGGUUUGAAUUUCCUACGAAAAAGUUACCUCAAGCACUUCAUGAUCAGUUUUUCUCCAUCACACUUGAUAAAUUGAGUUUUGAUUUUGAGAAGAAGCUAACGAUGCCAAUUAUGGAAGAGUACCAGGAUAAAAUUGAAGGGCCUAAACCGUUGCAGACAAGGAUCAUUUCUAGACAAACGGAAAUUGAAUCGCGUAAACGCUCUCCUAAAGCUAAUAAGCUAUCUAAGGUAGUCGAUAAGUCCUUAUUUCUAUUGUUGACCAAUGGAUUCAUGAUGGCAGUCAAGCGUUCCUCUUUUACCGAUCCAUUAUUUUUAGUGUACUAUCUAAAAACUAUGGGAAUACUAUUUUCGCAAAGCUGUACCUCCAAAAUUGAAGGAUUAAGCCGGAUGGUAGAUGAAUAUAUUAUUGUCUUAACGGAAGUUUGUCGUCUCAAGGUUGAAACCCCGGAGGUAAAUGAGGCUCUUUUGUUCAACUUUUUGGUGGUUUUAGAAUCAACACCGGGUAGUUUAUUGGCUUCACAACAUGGAAAGUCGUUAUUGGGAUUUGAGGCGUAUACACAAUUUUUGUUUAACUCUGCUGAUAGUGGGGAGAAGGUGAAGUCGGUUGCGGCAAUGGUAUUAUUAGAAUUUGAGAAAAAAAUGAAAGAUUACAGAACUCUUGCAUUAGAAAAAAUACUCGACGAUUCUUCUAAUCUGUCAUUAGGAAGAUUUGGUUUAGCUGGGCUUUAAUCUAUGUUCUCUUUUAGAAUGUUAGAAAAAAAAAUUGACAAAGCAUUAUUGGACUCAUGAUUCUGCUCUCCAAUGUUUAAUUUUUCAGAUAUGUCAUUUAAUAAAAUUUCAUCUUGGCCGUUUCGGAUAAGUAAAUCUCGAUUUUGAUGAAGUUGUUGUGUGGCACCUUCAUAACCCUUAAAACAACUGUAUUUG